AUGAAGAUUCACGAUGUAUGCCGGCGGCCGGGAGAAAGUGUCGAGAACUGGUCGCUUUACUGGAAGGAGAGCAUGCUGACGGAUACGAAGGCGAGUGUGUCCCUGGCACAUAUUGACACAUGCGCAUCCUGCUUACCGCCCAUCGAACUGGACCUCCCCGACAGCGGGUUUCACUCCCCGGACGCUGCCACCGCCCCCAAAACCCGCCCCACCGUGGCCGACCUCCUCGCUGAAAGCACCGCCGCCCUAGGCUGGCAGCCAGCGGCAUCCCUGAACCGCCUCGAGGGCUUCACGGCGCCCUGGGAGAGGGUUCUGGCGGCCGGCAGGGAGCUGCAGCCAGAGCUGCCGCUGGGAGUGGCAGCGGUUGAGGCAGCUGCGGCUGCGGCCGGGGAUGCUGGCGCUUUGCCCACGUUUGUGGUGGUGCGUGUGGCUCUUAAGGCGGACGGGUGGAAGAUUCAGCAGCCGGGCGACUUCCUCACGGACUCAGAAAGCGACUCGGACGCCGAAUGA